AGAAAUGAUCAGGUUGUUUGUGGUCAGGAAGUGCAAGUGUGUCUCAAAAGUUGCUUGAGCAAAAGUCAAUGCCAAUCACAUCCGCCCGUGUGAGUCUCUUAAAACAGUUCAGCGUUUCAUGAGUGUCUUAUAAGAGCUUGUUAAGUGAAUGUCGGUGUGGGAGGAAACCAUUUCAAAAUGGACGCCCUGCUCAUCACAGAAUAUUAAGACUGAAUAUUUUACCUUUGUGACGUCUUCAUGAUGAGGAUAUAAAUGAGAAGACUAUGGAUAAUACGGCAGACUAUGAGGAAACUGAACCAUACCUGGAGGCCAAGCAGUACAUAGAGAAAAUGACACAAGAAACUGAUGGUCUUGAUCUGUCUGAACACAGUGUCUCAUUGUUUCCCGUCACUGUGCCCUGCACUUCUCUCUCUUACGCUACUGUGCAGUGGGAUGUCCCGGAAACCUCCGCAGAACCUCCAUCCACUGGAUCUGUGAAUGAACUGAACUCUGAAAUGAACUGGACUGUUAACCUUCUGUCCACAGACCUCGGUUACAUCCCAAAUGAGGAAGCGAUUGUUGAUGUACUACCUGAAGCCGAGCCACAAACAGACGUCACUUUAACAAACAGUUAUUUUUCACAGACAUGUAAUGCACAGAAAUCAGAUAUAAACACACAAAUUGAAUCCUCACAGGACGAGAUCCAGACACCAUCUGCAUAUGUCGAAGAAACCACACAGACAUCAGAUUCUACUGCAGAUACAACAUCUAGGUCUGAGGAGAAUUUCAAGUCUUCUUAUGGUGUUCAUAUCUUAAUGGACACACAAGGCUCUGAGAUUCAAUCAGGUCCAGAGAGUUCACAUGUGGAAGAAGAGAAGGAAGUAGAUGUUUUAGUCCUUCCCAAACUGACUUUAACCCAUCAGGAAAGCUCUGAUUCAGACAGGGAGGAAUGUACAGAAGAAUGCACUGAGACAAAUAGAGAAUCAUCAGACACAAGAACAAAUAAUCAGGAGGAGUUGAAUUUCUUGGAUCAGAUUACAGGACCUGACCAGCCUCUGGAACAGGAAACGUCAGAUCUUCUAGAUGUCCAAUCAGAGAACAAGUCUAAUCAACCACAGGAAUCCAUUACAGACCAAACAGAACCAAGAGAGCAACUAUCAGAUUUUAUUAUGGAUUUAAAGGAACUAGAGGAAGUUGAACUGGCACCAGAGCAAGUCAGACAUACAGAAGAGAUGAACAUAUCUGUUACAGUGAUACAGGUGAACCAGAAUAAUGAGAUUCUACAACAUUCUGGAGAGACAGAGGACAUCUCAGAACAGUUAAUCAAAGAUGACGGACCAAAAUGUGCCGAAGAACCUGUCAGUUCAGUGGAGAAACUGUGUCCCGAAGAAGCAGAAGAUGGGACAAAAGAAGCGGCGAAACACUUGGAGCUUUCAGAGGAGAUGUCAGAAAUUUCAACAGAAGAUGAAACCUCAAUGAAAUCCAAUAAACCAGAAAUACAGUCACCAGAACAGACCGAGCAAUUAAAAUGUCCAGAUGCAAACGAAUCCUCAGAGCAGAUACAAUAUCCAAAUGAGGAGAACCCCCCCAAGCAGAUGGUACAAUCAGAGAUUAAACCAUUAGACCAGACAGAACAUUCAGCCGAAAUCAGACAGUUCGAGUCCAGUGACCUGAAACGACAUCCAGUGCUGACAGACGUGGCUGAACACAUGCAGGAAGUUCUGGAGAACCAGGUACCUGUGUGUCCUCAUAUUAACGGAGGUGUGGAGCUGGUGGACCGGGCUGAGGCUCAACAACUGGCUGAAAGACUCUUCAGAUUGGAUGGUUUUCAGCGUACAGAUGUGGUCCGACACCUGGACAAAGACAAUGAGUUCAGUCAUGCUGUCGGGGAAGAGUACCUCACAUUCUUUGACUUCACCAACCAGAGUCUGGAACAAGCGCUCCGGUCAUUUCUGAAGGAGGUGGUUUUGAUCGGUGAGUCUCAGGAGCGUGAGAGAGUCCUGCAGCAUUUCUCCAGUCGAUUCCAGCAGUGUAAUCCAGACGCCUUCUCCUCAGCGGAAUCGGUUCUGACACUCACAUGCGCUCUCAUGCUGCUAAACACAGACCUGCAUGGACAAAAUGUCGGCAAGCCCAUGUCUGUUUCUGAAUUUGUGUCCAAUCUGGACGGGAUGAACGGAGGAGAGAAUUUCAACAAGGACUGUCUGAAGAGUCUUUAUAACUCCAUCAAGAGCGAUGUGCUUCAGUGGGCCAUAGACACAGAGGUUCUGGCAAAAUCCAUGAUGCUCGAGCAGGAUGUAGAGCAGGACAGACUUCUGCGAUCGAAGAGUAACCCCUUCCAGGAUCUCCCUCAUAAUAAAAAGGCCACCGUGUUCCAGAAAGGCUUUUUGAAACGCAAAGCUCAUGCGGACAUUGAUGGAAAACGCACUCCGUGGGGGAAACGAAGCUGGAAGACGUUUUAUGUGGUACUGAAGGGAGCCGUACUUUACCUGCAGAAGGACGAGUAUGGGAUUGACUGGCAGAGUUCAGAGGAAGUGGUUAGCGUUCAUCACGCUCUCACUGAGUGCGCUCUCAACUACACCAAACGACCUCACGUGUUUCGCCUGCAGACGGCCGACUGGAGAGUCUUCCUCUUCGAAGCUGCUUCCACAGAGCAGAUGAACAGCUGGAUCGGACGGAUAAACCUGGUGUCUGCGCUGUACUCCUCUCCACCGUUCGCUGCGGCGGUCGGAUCUCAGAAGAAGUUCUGUCGACCCAUCCUGCCCGCCGCUGAGUCAAACCUCACACUGGACAAACAGCUGCUGUCACAUGCGGCCACGUUACACAGUUUCCAGGAGGAUCUGAGGGUUCUUCAGCAGACGGCACUCGACGGACGUAAGGCCAAAGCCAGAGAACUUGAGGAGAUCCGACAGAGAGAAGAAUAUUUACAUUAUGAGAAGUCUCGUUAUGAAGUUUAUGUUAAAAUGCUGGAGGCCUGGCAGACCCUAGAAACGUCUGAAUCAUCCGUUGGAGACAAACUGAGCAUGUUUGAUGCAGGAGUGUGGAGAGGAGUGAUGGAUGAAGAUCAGGACGAGACUGAUGCUGUAAUGAAGAGAUCUCACUCGAGUCCGUCUCUGGAGUUAGAAACGCCUCCUCAACCUGUCGUGAAAGUCAGACGCAACAUCUCAGAGCGACGCACUUAUCGAAAGAUCAUAAUUCCACGUCGUAACAAAGAGCUUUGAAAAAUAAAGCACUUAGCCUUUACAAUGUUAGGACUGUUACAGAAACUGAUGGAAGCACUUGAAUCCUUAAUUUAAUCCUUUACAUUUAAUUUCCUUUUUUUAAGUUUUAAUUAAAAAUGUCAUUUAUAAUAGUUUAUAAAGACUGUUCCAUGCGAGUUAAAAAAUGCAAACAGUUCUAUUUUAUAACGCUUUAUAUAUACAGACUUUUUUGCACAAAGCUUUCAUCAGUUGACACUGUUCGUAUUGUCCACCAGAGGGAGGGAGGUGUUUCACAAGAUGUUUGAAUGAAGGAAGUCACCUCAGUCAUCACAGUUUAUUGUGACAUAAACAGAAAUGUGCAGAUACUGAUGUUAAACAGUGUGAAUGCUGGUAUGAUGAAGGGAUACAGCUUUUUCAUUAGGAAUCAUUUCUGUU